UUUGGGUGGCCCAGAGAAAGGAAAUCUGCCUCGAAGCCUGGCCCUUCAGAUUCUCGUGGACACACUGCCUGCUCGUCCAUAUCAUGGCCCUUCACCCCCGCAGAGUCCGGCUGAAGCCCUGGCUGGUGGCCCAGGUGGAUAGUGGCCUGUACCCUGGGCUCAUCUGGCUACACAGGGACUCGAAACGCUUCCAGAUUCCCUGGAAACAUGCCACCCGACAUAGUCCCCAACAAGAAGAGGAAAAUACCAUUUUUAAGGCCUGGGCUGUAGAGACGGGAAAGUAUCAGGAAGGGGUAGAUGACCCUGACCCAGCUAAAUGGAAGGCCCAGCUCCGCUGUGCUCUCAAUAAAAGCAGAGAAUUCAACCUGAUGUACGAUGGCACCAAGGAGGUACCCAUGAACCCGGUGAAGAUAUAUCAAGUGUGUGACAUCCCUCAGCCCCAGGGCUCGAUCAUUAACCCAGGAUCCACCGGGUCUGCUCCAUGGGAUGAGAAGGAUAAUGAUGUGGAUGAAGAAGAUGAGGAAGAUGAGCUCGAUCAGUCACAGCACCAUGUUCCCAUCCAAGACACCUUCCCGUUCCUGAACAUCAACGGUUCUCCCAUGGCGCCAGCCAGUGUGGGCAGCUGCAGUGUAGGCAACUGUAGUGUGGGCAACUGCAGCCCUGAAGCAGUAUGGCCCAAAACAGAACCUCUGGAGAUGGAAGUGCCCCAGGCACCCAUACAGCCCUUCUAUAGCUCGCCAGAGCUGUGGAUCAGCUCUCUCCCAAUGACUGACCUGGACAUCAAGUUUCAGUACCGUGGGAAGGAGUAUGGGCAGACCAUGACCGUGAGCAACCCCCAAGGCUGCCGGCUCUUCUAUGGGGACCUGGGCCCCAUGCCUGACCAGGAGGAGCUCUUUGGUCCUGUCAGCCUGGAGCAGGUCAAAUUCCCAGGUCCAGAGCAUAUCACCAAUGAGAAGCAGAAGCUGUUCACCAGCAAGCUGCUGGACGUCAUGGACAGAGGACUGAUCCUGGAGGUCAGCGGUCAUGCCAUUUAUGCCAUCAGGCUGUGCCAGUGCAAGGUGUACUGGUCUGGGCCAUGUGCUCCAUCUCUUGCUGCCCCUAACCUGAUUGAGAGACAAAAGAAGGUCAAGCUAUUUUGUCUGGAAACAUUCCUUAGUGAUCUCAUUGCCCACCAGAAAGGACAGAUUGAGAAGCAGCCACCAUUUGAGAUCUACUUAUGCUUUGGGGAAGAAUGGCCAGAUGGGAAACCUCUGGAAAGGAAACUCAUCUUGGUUCAGGUCAUUCCAGUGGUGGCUCGGAUGAUCUACGAGAUGUUUUCUGGUGACUUCACACGAUCUUUUGACAGUGGCAGUGUCCGCCUGCAGAUCUCGACUCCAGACAUCAAAGAUAACAUCGUUGCUCAACUGAAGCAGCUAUACCGCAUCCUCCAAACCCAGGAAAGCUGGCAGCCCAUGCAGCCCACCCCCAGCAUGCAACUGCCCCCUGCCUUGCCAGCCCAGUAGUCACAAAUGCCAUCUUCUUCGUUUUCUUUUUUACAAUAUUGUACAUAUGGAUAUUUUUUAUUAUUCAGAUUUAACCAGCUUUUAAAUCUCUCUUCUUUCUAACAGUAUUAGAAGUCUAUGACUCUCCAAAUAUGCCUAGCUUUAAAAGUUGAUUUAAUUUAUGGAAAAAUCA